GUGAACGGCAACAUGUGAUACACGUAUAGAGGUUUUCGGUACUUAGUAAUUGAUUAAAAAAGAAUAAACAAAACAUUGGAAGAAAUGUAUCAAUCUACCAAAUAGUUUGGAAGGAAAGGAAAUUGAAAUAAUAAUAGGAAGUAUCAAAUAUAAAAUAUCAAAUAUAAAUGUUACACAAAAGUUUUUUACCCGUAAUAACUUCCUGGUUGUUAAGAAGAAAUAGGUACAUUUUAAAUACAUAUUACGCGACAUUUACUAACGACAGCUUACAUAAGAAAGAAACUAUUAAUUCUAUGGAAAUGAAGGAAUCGAUUGAAGAAACAGGAUUGAAAGUGAAGAAGAAGAAAAGCAAAGUAUUACAAUAUAUUAAACAGUCUAUAUUAUAUGAUAAAGAAACAUCGGACAUUUUUAAUUAUAUACAGAAAGUUAAUCCAGAUAUAAUCGAUAUUAUUCAAUCAAUGAAAUGGAAAUAUAAAAAAGAAAAUACAAAUAUAUUAUAUCUGAUUGACAAAGAUACCGCUGUGAAAUUUGUCUCUUUAAUAAAAAAUGAUCUCAGGACGAAUAUGUGUUACGUUGCCGAAUUAAAUCCUGGUUUUGGUAUAUUAACGAGAGAACUUUUGAGAGUUGGUGUACCAUUAAUUCACCUUUAUGAAAAAAAUGCAAAAUUAUAUAAUGUACUGGAAAUGAUCUGUUUAAAAUAUCCUGGAAAAGUGAAUCUAAUCCCUAGAAAUUCUGAUCUUAUUGGUAUAACAAGGUCGUUUUAUGAAGAUAAAGUUAUUGAUGAUGAAAAAUAUCAAGAUAUGUUCAAAGCAAAAAAGAAUAAAAACUGGAAAGAUGAAACUUAUAUGCAAGUAAUAGGUGCAAGCGAUAGUAGAAAUUUAUUUACAUUUAUUAUACACAGUUUAGUCCAUCGCAAUGGUUUUAUGUUCUAUGGAAGACCUGUCUUUUACAUCGCAAUACUUCCAUCCUUGUGGCACAGAUAUAAUACCAUUGCUAAUAAAAAAUUGUACUCUUAUACAAAGGUGAUGUUCCAUUUAAUGUUUAAUUACGAACUUCUGGGAACAUUGAACAGAAAGGCUUUUAUACCUUGGCAUGCAAAGAAACGUCAACCUAUGCUUAACCAACUUCGUCUAUCGGCAAAACAAGAUUAUGAGCAAAUGUAUGUGAUAAAACUCGAACCUAAAGCUGACCUUUACUUACAAUUAUCACAAGAAGAUUGGAUAACAUUUUCGUAUUUUGUGAGACAUCAUAUGCUGAAACGUACUUCCAGAGUAAUACCUGCAUUAGAAAAAUGGAUACCAGACUGUGGAAUUAGAUUGAUAGCCAAAGAUUACACGAUAUAUACACAAUUUGCAGAUUUAACGCCAACACAAAUUUUGGAACUCUUUAAAGAAUUUAAAUCUUGGCCAGAAUAUAAACAGAGUCAUUUCAUACAUUCUAUGAAUAAUUCUUUAGGUGCACAUAAUGAAAUUGACUUUUUAAAUGAAUAAUUCUGUAAUAUAGUCUUUGUAAAUAUAAUUGUAUAAAAUAAAUAAAGACAAACUAAACCUUA